CACACACACACACACACACACACUAUACACACAUCACAGUGCACACAGAUCCUGCGGCCUUGCGCUCGUUUGUCAACCCCAGUGAAACGCUCUCCUUGCCUGGCCGUGUCAUCCAAUGCGCCAAUCCGUUACCCAAGUCCUGCCCCCAUCAGCCACAAUCUCACUCUGCUCCCGGCCGUCCUAACUCGAUUGCGCCGAGAUGAGCGGGUUCCAUCUCAUGCCGCACCUAGCUACAGUACCUGAUUCGCAAUGCAAUAUACACUGAUAUCAGACGAACACGUAUACGUGUGCGACCCCGCUGUAUUUCCUCCUUUCCGACUUGAUCAUCAGUCUUCUCUUUCAGCUAACAAGUACAUAUCCAAACCGACCUAGAAGAAUGACGACUGAUCAAUAGUCAACUUACCAAAGUCUUUAGCUGCUUACCAAAGGGUACCCAUGCUAGUCUCAACACUUUCUAAUUUUGUCCGAGUUAUCGAAGACCCUUGAAAAACUAAUCACGUGGCGAAAUCGCCUAGCAUCGUCAUCGUCCAUCAUGGUGUUGCUCGUUCGCCAUCUUUCCACAUGUUUGACACAUGCAUAAUAGCUACUAUGUAACUCUACCAACCCAUCACUCUUUUCUUUCGAGCGGGGACCCUUUUACUUGUGCAUGUGCAUUUGCAACAACCAUGGGUCGAGAGAAACAAUCCCAAGGUCUGGCUCCACCUUCCAUCCGAAAAGAACAGCGCGCCAAGCACGCGAGGCACAUCGUCAACAAAGUCAUACCAGCUAUUCUCGCAUCCAACGCGAGAGCUAGGAAAGGCGCUGAUGGCAGCGAACUAAUUUCUGACCCGAACCCUGCGGAUUCAAAUCCCUCACCAGCACCGAGUACCGGUACCAAGGACGAAGCGACACCAAGCCGGGAUCCGGAAUCCAAGUAUAUCAAACGCAAAGGCCAGGGUCGUCGAAAAGCCAAAGGCAACGACGCUAUCGACCACAACCAAGUCCUGCCUGCAAGAAGACGAGACAGAACAUUGGACGGGGAAUCGAAUCAGCUGGAAGAAAAAAAUGCUUCAUCAGCUACUAUCGUCGUCUCAGCUCCACCUACUGCCGUCUCAGCUCCACAGCGAACAUUUCGCAUUCUCAACACAGACACUCUAGCAGCCGCACGAUCCCUUCAACCCCGCUUCAAGAAUUCUCGCAAGGAACCCAAUGUCUGCAUCCUCAACAUGGCAUCUCCGCUGCGUCCAGGCGGCGGAGUUCUAGCAGGUGCUACAUCCCAGGAAGAAUUCCUCUGCACAAAAACAACCCUUCUCCCCUCUUUACAUGAAACCUACUACCGCUUGCCCGAGUACGGCGGCAUCCUUACACGCGAUGUCCUUGUACUCGGCUCCGCAUCGUCUGAUCUGCCAGCUGCCGAGCGGUACUAUGUAGAUGCCAUCAGCGCAGGUAUGCUGCGGUUCCCGGAUCUAGUUGGCGAGGAGGGCGAGGAGAAAAGACUUGGUAAGAAGGACGUUAUGAUUGUCGAGCAAAAGAUGCGCGCUGUGCUUCGUAUAGCUUCGUCUCGCGGCGUGCGGAAACUCGUCCUCGGUGCUUGGGGCUGCGGUGCAUAUGGGAAUCCCGUCCGCGAUAUUGCAGAAGCGUGGCGGAGAGUUCUGGAUGGCGCUGCUGGGGACAGCCAACCCACAAAAGCUAGGAAGACCAGUAAGUCUUCUGAGCCUGUUGAGCGGUGGGAUAGCAUCUCAGAGGUUGUAUUUGCAAUUUCCAAUCGCAAGAUGGCCGAGGCUUUCUGCGAGGCUUUUGAUCCUUCUGUAGAAGUUGAAUCCCUGCACAGCAGAGGGGAAGAAGAGCAGGAGGAAACCGAUCAUGUUGCCGAAGAACUGCGAUCUAAGAUUCUUGAAAUGGAAACCCAAUUAGAAAAGGUUUGGAAUGCCAAUCUGAAGCAGAGGAUGGAUGUUAUAUUAGAUGGUCUAAGAGCGCAGCUGAGAGAGCGGGAAAGCGCAGUGGGUGUAUAUAGGAGCGAUGGUGAUGGAGAGGAUGACAACGACGAAGAAGAAGAAGAAGAAGAAGAAGAAGAAGGAAGUGGAGAAGAUGGCGAGUCGUCUGCCGACGGAGUCGAAGUGUCUUCUGAUGCAGAUGAUGAUGAGCUCAGUGGCUAUGAGAACAGCGAUCUAGAUAGCCGAGGAGGAUUACCGCUUUCUUCAAAACAUCUAGCAUGA